UACAUCAUGGAACUGACAUUCACUCAAGCUGCAAAAGGUGUCAACAAAGAGAUUGUGGUGAACAUCAACGACUCCUGUGAGCGAUGCCAUGGUAAAGGACACGAACCUGGCACCAAGUCCCAGCGCUGCCACUACUGCAAUGGCACUGGCAUGGAGACCAUAAACACUGGCCCUUUCGUGAUGCGCUCGACGUGCCGGCGCUGCGGCGGCCGUGGCUCCAUCAUCACCACGCCGUGCCUCGUGUGUCGAGGAACAGGGCAAACCAAGCAGAAGAAGACAGUGAUGGUUCCUGUGCCAGCUGGUGUUGAGGAUGGGCAGACAGUUCGGAUGCCUGUGGGGAAGAAGGAGAUUUUCAUUACA